AUGCAGAUCACUCAACUCAUUCCCUUCUUCCUCCUCGGAGCUGCCUUCGCCUCUUCCCCAUCCCCCGUUGAGCGCAAGGCCUCCCUCGUCCAGCGCGACUAUGCCACCAUCUCAGGCGUCAUCUCUGACGUCCAGAGCAAGACCAGCUCCCUAAAGUCCGCCAUCGACGCCUACCAAGGCACUGGCCAAACUGCCUCUGUGCAGAACGCCCAAGACGCGCUCCUCAACUCCAUCAACACCGGCAACUCCAAGGUCGCCGCCUCCUCCUCCGUCACCCUCGCCCAGGCCUACCAGAUCGGCAACCAGGUCGACGACCUCACCGACGUUGUCAAUGCCUCCGUCGAUUCCGCUCUCAACAAGAAGUCUGCCUUUGUUGCCGCUGGUGAUGCUGGCAAGGUCAAGAAGGGCUUCAACGACCUCAAGUCCGCCGCCAACACCCUUGGUUCUACCAUCAAGAGCAAGGUUCCCAGCUCUGCGCAGAAUCUCGCCCAGCAGAAGAUCGACAAGCUGAACGAGGCUAUCCAGCGCGGUGUUGACGGCUACGCGGAUGUUGCUCGCCGCGCUGCUCGCGACUUCAAGGCAUAG